AUGAUUGUCUUCACCCGCAAAACGUUACGCAGCAAUCCGUGUGUAGUCUAUCUAUUAGCAACCACGAUUCCGUGUACAUUGGCAUUAUAUUUUGCUUACAUAGUGAAAAUUAGUCAAAAUUUAGGUUUUGACUUGACAACAAGACCGAUAUUUUGUAAAUUGCGCAUGUACAUCGUUAAUUCGUCACAGUUCACUUCGUCUUGGUUUAUGAUGUUAGCUUGUAUUGACCGAUAUGCAUCGAGCAGUAAAUAUGUCCAUAUACGAAAUUUUAGUCGAUUAUCGAUAGCUUAUCGUUUGAUACUAAUUGUUACUUUGACUGGAUGUUGCAUUUACACCUAUAUAUUGCAUUGUUACGAUUCUCAUGUACCUAAUUCACCGAUUGUAUGUUAUAUCCGUACCGAUACCACAUUUCCUUGUUACUUAUUUGACAGUAUCAUAUUUUUGACAUUGUUCAGUACAAUACCACCUGCUGGUAUGACAAUUUUUGGUGCAUUGACACUUCUCAAUAUUCGCAAAAGAUGUUUUCGUCAAAUUGUACCUUUACCAACAAUUGUUUCUAACGUUAAUCGAUCGAAGGCGCCUAUGCAACAACUUGAUCUGAAAUUACUUUCAAUGUUAUUUGCACAAGUGCUUAUGUUAAUUUUGUCAACAAUGCCAUUGUCAAUUUAUAAAAUCUAUUCUGCAGCCACAGUGAAUCUUAUGAAGACUCAAAUGAGACGAGUCAUUGAGAAUUUUCUAUUUCAGCUUGUUCUCACCUUGAGUAAUCUCAAUAAUGUUACGACAUUUUAUUGGUAUUUAUUGAGUGGACGCAUUUUCCGAAAAGAACUCAUGCAAUUGUUUAAGCGACAAAACAAAAUGACUGCUCGGAGGCUAACCAUUCCCCGGUGA